AUGAUAAGAGGACGCCUUUGCUCCCACCUCGCACAGCUCCCUAGACCACCCACUUGCUUCUCCUCCUUCAAACGGGGUCUUACUCACAACCUCAACCUCAACCUCAACCAAAACGUCAGCCGCAGCUCCCAGCGCCACUGUAGCUCUCACUCCGGGCCCCGCGGUCACAACUUCUCGCCCAAUCUCGUCUCACCCACCACCACCAAGCGUCACCUCAGGAGCAUCAUGUCCGACGAACAGAUCUCCCGGUACCUGCAGCAGACGCACGACCGUGUGUUCGAGCACAACACCAAGUGGGCGGCCGAGAAGAAGGCCCAGGAUCCGGACUUCUUCGCCAACCUCAGCGCCGGCCAGAAGCCCGAGUACCUGUGGAUAGGCUGCAGCGACUCGCGCAUCCCCGCCGAGCAGAUCACGGGCCUUGAGCCCGGCGAGGCCUUCGUGCACCGCAACAUCGCCAAUCUCGUCUGCAACAUCGACCUCAACGUCGCCUCGGUGCUCCACUACGCCGUCGAGCACCUCGAGGUCAAGCACAUUGUCGUCUGCGGCCAUUACGGCUGCGGCGGUGUCAAGGCCGCCAUGAGCCCGAAGGACCUCGGCAUCCUCAACCCCUGGCUCCGGAAUAUCAGGGACGUCUACCGGCUGCACGAGCAAGAGCUUGACACCAUCAAGGACGAGGACGCCCGCUACGACCGCCUGGUCGAGCUCAACGUCAUCGAGCAGUGCAGGAACGUAGUCAAGUCUGCUGCCGUUCAGAAGUCCUACGCCAAGAAUCACUUCCCCAUCGUCCACGGCUGGGUCUUUGGCUUCAAGGACGGUCUGCUCAAGGACCUCAACUUCGACUUCGCCACUACCCUGGCUGAUAUCCAGAAGAUCUACAAGCUCGCAGAGUGA